UGGGUGGGAAUUCUGGAACUUGCAGUCCAACACGUUAGACGCACCAGGUCCAGGAGACACUGAGGUGGCAGUGCAGUUGGUGAAUGGUGUGGCCUCUACCUGUCAAGACAGGUGGGCUGGUGCCAACUCCCCUGUGCUCCACCCUUUCCUCCUUGCCCUAUAAAAGCAACACAUUCAGUUGCUUCGGCCCUUGCGUCGGUGUUCAGUCUGGACCGGCAGCUCUAAAGGACCGUAGCGUCAGCAUGGCUUACAUCCCAGCGCCCGGCUACAUGCCAGUUUAUAACCCGACCCUCCCAUAUAAUCAGCCUGUCCCCGGUGGACUCCGUCCUGGGAUGUCUGUAUAUCUGCAAGGCAUGGUGCCCAAACAUACCAACAGAUUCCGGGUGAACUUUGCCUGUGGCCAGCACGAGGGGGCUGACGUUGCCUUCCACUUCAACCCUCGCUUUGAUGGGCGGGACAAAAUUGUGCUCAACACGUUUCAGGGUGGCGCGUGGGGGAAGGAAGAGCAUCACGGGAUGCCCUUCCAAAAGGGCCAGCAUUUCGAGGUCAUCUUCAUUGUCAAUGAUGCAGGAUACCAGAUCCUGGUGAACAGGAACCCCUUCUGCAGCUACGGGCACAGGAUCCCCCCUCAGCGCGUGCAGGUUGUGAGUGCCGAUGGAGACCUGGAGUUGCAGUCUCUGACCGUGAUGGGGGGACCAAUGAUGGGGAACAUGGGAAACAUGGGCAUGAUGCCGAACCCUGGAUAUGGGCCACCACAAAAUCUUCCUAUGAUGAUGGCCCCUGCAGACUACCACCCGCCGGUGCCCUACACGGGCAACAUCCUUGGAGGUCUGGGAGCCAAGAGGACAAUCGUGGUCCGAGGCUUCAUUCCAGUGAACGCAAACAGGUUCAAGAUCAAUUUUAUGGCCGGGCAGGAUAUCGUUCUGCACAUUAAUCCACGCAUGGAUGAGAGAGCCGUGGUGCGCAACAGCUUCCUGAAUGGCUGCUGGGGAGCUGAGGAACGGGACCUGCCCUUUAACCCUUUCCAACCCGGGCAGUACUUUGAUCUCUCAAUCCGCUGCGGCAAUCACCGGUUCAAGGUUUACAUCAACGGCCAGCCCUUCUUCAACUACGCCCAUCGUUACCGCAAUUUUGCACAGGUCAACACCCUCCAGAUUGACGGCGAUGUGGUCCUUUCCUACAUCCAGUGCUAAGCAUAGGGGCAGGGUCAGAGAGCAGCACUGGCACAGACCCCCAUUUCUCUUUCUCUCGAGGUCUGCCAGGACACGCAGAGUCCUGCUUGACUGGAGCGGCCUACAAGCUCCAGUAAAUCAAUCAGUCAAUCAAUCAAU